GAAUCAGAGAGGGAGAGAGGGAGAUAGAGAGAGAAUCAGAGAGGGAGAGAGGGAGAUAGAGAGAGAAUCAGAGAGGGAGAGAGGGAGGGAAACAGAGGGAGAGAGAGAGACAGAGAGAGAAAAGGGGGAGCGAGAGACAGACAGAGGGAGAGGGAGAGAGAGAGAUCACCUGUACACUGAGGUGACGUCACCAGGCUCCAUCGCGAGUCUUCGUCAGAGCGACCAGCAGCGACCGACCCAACAAGUCUACGGGGAUCUACUUUUCUACUUCCCCCCCCUGGAAAACAGAAGAAAAAACUCCUUCAGACUCAUCUGAACUCGGAGGAAAGGUGCAUACGGUGCCCGGGACACGUAGCAGACCCACCGGGACCCCGCGGACACCGGAGACAGCAGUUUAGUGUUUAGUGAACGAGUCGCUAGCCUCGGCUAGGCUAACCAACAUGGAGGCGGACCGUGAACCUCUGGGUCUACACUAGUCCCGGUCCAAACUUGUCCUGGUCGACCCCCGGACUGGUCUGAACGGAUCUGGGUCUGAACUAGUCUUGGUCUGGGUCUAAACUAGUCCUGGUUCGGGUCUACACGGGCCCUGGUCUAAAGGAGUCCUGGUUCGAGUCUGCAUGAGUUCAGACGAGACCAGCUGACACAUGGAUUUAAGUUCAAACCGGUUCUAUGAAGUUCGGUGUUAAUGAAGUGGUCUGUGCUAUAGACUAUUCUCUAUGGAUCGUGGACAUAGAAGUAAUCCCCAGUGAAGAGGAGAAGUCUAAGGGGGUGGAUGCUCGUCCUGGAGCGAUCCUGUCUGGGAGCACAUUUACAUAUGUUGUGUUUGUGAAUGAGGGUUCAAACUACUACGAAACUGGUUCCUUGUGGAUUAAUAAAGUGCUGUGAAUCCUGAUCAACUUCUGGACAUCAGUGGCUGGUCAUCCACUCUGGGAAUGAAGUUGUGUUCAAGUGCAAACUAUUUCAAGUAGAACGGGUCCACCGUUUAUCCCGACUGCGGUGAGUGGAUGCUGGGACGGCGGGACCAUGAUGUGGAUUACCGCCUAAUCGGCACCGCCACCGGCCGGGAAUCUGAAGGACAUCAAGAUGGAGAAGAGCACUGAAGCGACGUCCCGUACGGGGGAAGCAGUCAAAACGGGGCCAGGCUGGAUGGUACUGGGUUAGAGGAUUUCUUCGGCGGGGUAUUUGAUGGAGACUCGUCUGACAUGCCCAGGAAGGAGCAGCCACUGCCCCAGGGUUGGGAGGAAGCCCGCGACUUUGACGGGAAAGUUUACUACAUUGAUCACAUCCACCAGGCCACCAGCUGGAUCGACCCGAGAGACAGGCAGACCAAACCCCUGUCCUUCGCCGACUGUAUCGGAGAUGAACUUCCCAUCGGCUGGGAGGAGGCCUACGACCCGGUGGUCGGGGCCUACUAUGUCGACCACAACACCAAGAGCACCCAGCUGGAGGACCCGCGGGCCCAGUGGCAGCAGGAGCAGGAGGUGAUGCUGAGGGAGUACCUGGAGGUGGCGCACCACGCCAUCAGCGCCCAGGAGGAGAUCUACCAGGUGAAGGAGCAGCGGCUCCUCCUCGCCCAGCAGGAGUACCAGCUCCUCCACGACACCUGGAGGAACAAGAGCACCUCGCAGACCAGCUUGAACUCUCGCUCGUCCUCAUCCAGCCGCUACGAUCCAGAGAUCCUGAAGGCGGAGAUCAUCACAGCUAAGAGCAGGGUGAACCGGUUGAAGAGAGACCUGUCGUCUAUGAAGCAGGAGCUGCAGUUUAAACAGCAGGGAUUCGAGACUCUGAAAGGGAUCGACCUGAAGGUGUCCAGCUGUCCCCAGGGCUACCAGCCCCAGGAGGCCCAGGCCAUCAUGAAGGAGGUGCACUCCCUGAGGGACGCCAUCUCCUCUGGGGAGAAGGAGAAGCAAGCCCUCAUACAGAAACUGGCGGUGCUGAAGGACGGCUUCCCGCUGGACUCGGGCUCGGAGCAGGAGCUGUGGGGCAGCAGUCUGUCGCUGGGGCCCUCGGAGCUGUCCCUGCCUCGCCUCUACUCCGAGGCCGGCUCGCAGACAGACAUCCCCGCCGAGGUGGGCAGCAGCGCUAACAACCAGCUGGCCGAGAAGGUUCGCCUGAGUCUCAAAUAUGAGGAGGCCAAGAGGAGGAUCUCCGGCAUCGAGGUGCAGAUCGCGCGGCUGGACAGCGAGGCGUGGCCCGGCCUGCUGGACCCGGAGCGCGACCGCCUGAUCCUCAUCAACGAGAAGGAGGAGCUUCUGAAGGAGCUGAGCUACGCCCGCCCGCCGCGCCACCUGCAGCCCAGCGACGCCCAGCGCAUCGAGAGCCAGAAGAAACGCCUGGAGACCGACCUGCAGGCCGCGCGCCACACCCAGAGCAAGGCCCUGACCGAGAGACUGCGUCUCCACUGUAAGAGGAACAAGCUGGUCCGGGACCUGGAGUCCUCUGUCCGCCUGGCCGCCUCGCUACACACCCAGCUGAAGAGCCUGUCGGCCAGCACGCUGUCCUGCUCGUCGGGCAGCAGCCGGGGCUCCCUGGCGACCACCUCGUCGCUAGGCUCCACCUCCUCGCUGAGCUUCAGCGACCUGUACCUGGAGCGGGCGCCCGACAUGGACCCCGACCUGCAGAACAAGCUGGAGCUGCUGCUGGGGGGGGGGUUCCGCCCCUCCAUGGCCAUCACCACCAUCCACGAGCACGAGGUGGUGAGCGGGGCGGGGCCGGGGGCGGGGCCUCACCCCGAGGGGUCCCCGGAGGCGGGGUCGCCACGGCUACAGGCGCUGAGGCUGACGGAGACGCCGCCGCCGCCGUCGGUCGGCUCCCUGUCCCCCCGCUCCUCCCUCUCCUCCCUCUCCCCGCCCUGCUCCCCGCUGGCCGCCGCCUCCUUCCUCACCCCGGGGGAGGAGGAGGGGGAGGGGGAGGGGGAGGGAGCGCAGGAGCACGGAGGAGGUGCUGGAGGAGAGGAGGAGGAGGACCUGAGGGAGACCACCCCGCAGGGAGUGGAACUAAGAGAGUCUGCCCCUCCCCUCAGGGCCUCAGGGGCGGGGUCUAAUAAUGUGGGCGUGUCCUCUGCCGUGUCUGACGAAUCAGUGGCCGGGGACAGUGGAGUGUAUGAACCAUCAGAACGCAGGCCCGGGCAGCAGCCGUCCUCCCUGCUCCCCGACGACGAGGCCUCGUCCCUGGGCUGUGCUCAGGUCCAGCUGGGCCUGCGCUACCAGGACCAGCGCUUCAGCGUGGCCGUGCUGCAGCUCGCCAACUGCAGCGCCCUCUGUCUGCCGGAGGACCACCACAUGCACGUGCGUGUGGUGGUGCUGCCGUGCUCGGAGAACGCCCGCUGCCUGUUCCGGACGCGCGCCUUCGCCCCCAAGCCCAGCCUGGAGGUCAACGAGGUCUUCGGCCUCAGCAUGUCCCACAAUGCACUGCGGCAGAAGACGCUGCGUGUGGACGUCUGCCACACCAGCAGUUCGGGUCGGGAGAGCUGCCUGGCAGGAGCUCAGGUGAGUCUGGCGGAGGAGAAGUGCAGUGAGAAGAAGAGCAGCAGGUGGUUCAACCUGCUGAGCCACGCUGACGUCACGGAGCUCGCCCCUCAGGUGGAGAAGGCUCCCGCACCAGAACCAGCACCGGAACCAGCUGCAGAAGAAGCGUCAGAAGAAGCUGAUCGGCUCGAUGGACAGCAAGCGGCCAUGUCUAACAGCAUAGGGGCGGGGCCUCACGAGGAAGGGGAGGAGUUACACCAAGAGAGCAGCCAAUGGGCAGCAGAGGAAGAGGUGCAUGAUGAAGAUCAGCAGAGGCCGGGAACCACCACCACCACCACCCCCAUCAAAGAGAGGGUGAACAAGGAGACCAGUACCGGGGGGACGUCGGUGCGGCCCAAGCAGCGGCCGCCGGACCCCGGCCCAGGGGGGGGGCACAUGGUCCAGCAGUCCUUCAUCAGGGGCAACACCGUCAUCAGGUCCAAGACCUUCUCCCCGGGACCCCAGAGCCACUACAUCUGCAGGAUCAACCGUAGUGACAGCGACAGCUCCACUCUCUCCAAGAAGUCUCCGUUCGUCAGGAACGCUUCUGAACGAAGAAGCAUGAGGGUCAAGAAGCCCGUAGUGGCCGGUAAGACCCUGGACGGUCUGCUGCGCACCUCCAUGGACCUGGAGAUGGACCUGCAGGUGUCCAGGACCCGCCAGGCCCGGCUGGACCAGGAGCUGCUGGUCCUGCGGGAGCUGAAGGAGCAGAUGGAGAAGGCCCGGCAGGAGGGUCGCCGGGAGCUGCCCCUCUGGGUGCAGCAGGACCAGAGGUUCAGACAGUUGCUGCGGCGGGCCGAGAGACAGACCCAGGAGGAGCAGCAGCAGGAGCACAGGGUGGAGCAGAUGAUGAAGGCAGCAGCUAAAGACGUCCACAAGAUGACCAGUCGUCAGGAGGUCCCUGAGGUUCAGAACUUCAGAGAUAAGAUGGCGUUCCUCACCAGAGCACGGAGCUCCAUCCCUGACCUCCCCUCCCAUGACGUGUGAGGAGCCCCCCCCCCCCCUUCCCCCGAGCCGGACCAGGAGAACCGGGCAGCGGCCGACCUGCCACGUCAACGAACCCAACUCUGCCGGUCGACGACAGAGGUCUCUCUGAGCCCCCGACGCUCUUCCUAGCUUUAGUUUGAAUCCAGUCCAGUUCUAGCUUUAGGUUGGACCAGAAGCUGGGCCUCCAUGCUGCUUCCCCCAGGUUUCAUUAGCAUUCCAGCUGGAUCAGGACUUUAAGCACACACGCGUACGAGCACGGCGGAGGUUCAGAUCCGUCACAAGGGGACCUCCUACGUACAGCACAACCCACCCAAAGGGGCUGGAAACACACCUCCCCUUCAGAGGGGAACUCUGAAAAACACCUCACCUACAUAGUGGGGACGUUUGAGCUCUGAAACACACCUCACCUACAUAGUGGGGACGUUGGAGCUCUGAAACACACCUCACCUUCAGAGGGGAACUCUGAAACACACCUCACCUACAUAGUGGGGACGUUGGAGCUCUGAGGCACACCUCACCUACAUAGUGGGGACGUUGGAGCUCUGAAACCAACCUCACCUUCAGAGGGGAGCUCUGAAACACACCUCACCUUCAGAGUGGGGAUGUUUGAGCUCUGAAACACACCUCACCUAUAUAGUGGGGACGUUGCAGCUCUGAAACACACCUCUCCUUCAGAGUGGAGCUCUGAAACACACCUCACCUUCAUAGUGGGGACGUUGGAGCUCUGAAACACACCUCAACUUCAGAGUGGGGACGUUGGAGCUCUGAAACACACCAGCAAUACUCUUUAGGACAGGAAGGACUGGAUAGGACUGGAUAAGAUCUGGUUAGGACUGGAUCAGGACUGGAUCGAGACUGGAUCAGGUCUGGAUAAGACUGGAUAGGACUGGAUCAGGAGAGAAUGGGAAGUCGAUGCGCUGACAGAAUCCAGCAGCUUACAUGAAGGUGACAUCCUUUGGUUUCUCAUGCACCAGAACCCUGGUACGAUCUCGGUAGUACUGUUACUGUGGUACUGUACUACUCUAGUACUGGUACUGUGGUACUGUACUACUCCAGCACUGGUUCUGUGGUACUCUACUACUCAUACUGUUGUACUCUUCUAUCUAUGCUGUACUCUGAAGAACAUGUCCAGAUCUUCUUGAUCAGUGCUGAGGUUCUGAAGAGGACCACCUGUCGUUACAGCUGCUCAUGAAAUGUUGUUUGUUGUUAAAUGAUGUGCACACUGUAACACACACACACACACACACACACACUGUAACACACACUCACGCAUGCACACACACACACACACAGACACUGUAACACAAUCGCACACACACACACACACGAGAUAAGUUACUCGAGGGAAGCAGUGAUUAGCUGUCUCUCGAACAAAUGAAGGAAAUAAGAGCACGCCAGUUUACCGCCUUAACUGGCUUCUCAGAGCUCACCGGGUAAAAGGAGAGGUCAGUAUUUACUGCUCCACCAGGAGAUGAAUGGAUGACCCUCAUAGACUGACCAUGUCAGGGUCUAUGCCCCCCCC